AUGCCUGAUAUUACAUCUUUGCAGAGUCACCCACUGGAGGAGACUGAUUCUCAUUCUUUCUCACCGGAUGACAGCCUCCAGGAAGAUCUAACUGGUCAUGAUGCAAUCCCCUGUCAUCCGCUAGGCGUAAAGCCGAGUGGCAACGCUCUUCUUGCCAAUGAGAAUCUCCGUCAUGCGACUGGGACGUUCAAUCUUCUGCCGGAUGAGCUGAUUUUGAUACUGCUAGAGUCUCUGGAUGGUCCAAGUCUAUUGCGGUUCGGGAGGACCUGUAAAGCCUUUUAUGCAUUUACAAGAGCUGAGGAAUUGUGGAAGGCUCUUUUCAUUUGGUCGCCCCCUUCGUGGUUCACAUGGAGAGGAACAUGGCGCUCGACAUACCUCAACAUCCCUCCUUCCAAAGUUGCCAUAUUGGACUGCUCAAGUCUGUUUUCUGAUGCUCUUCAUCGUCCAUUUUAUUGCACACACAUCUCCUUGGACACUUAUGUGAGCAAUAUUCCCUCGAGAAAUCAGAUCACCCGUCUUCCGGACCUUUCCCCAGAGGAAUUCCAGGCAGAGUGGUCCAGCAAGCCUUUCAUUUUGACACAGCCGGUGAAGCAGUGGCCGGCUUACAAGAACUGGUCCGUAGACUCACUGCUUGCCAAAUACGGAGACACAGUCUUUCGUGCCGAGGCUGUGGAUUGGAAAUUGAGCACCUACGUGGAUUACAUGAGGAACAACGCAGACGAGAGUCCUUUGUAUCUAUUUGACCGGGCCUUUGUGUCGAAAAUGGGGCUCAAGGUUGGUCCGCCAGAGGAGGAACCUGAUGCGACAUACUGGCCUCCUCCGUGCUUUGGGGAAGACUUCUUCUCCGUGCUGGGGAAUGACCGCCCGGACAGGCAAUGGCUCAUUAUUGGCCCUGAGAGAUCUGGUAGUACGUUCCACAAGGACCCCAAUGCGACCAGUGCCUGGAACGCGGUCAUUCGCGGCUCCAAGUACUGGAUCAUGUUUCCCUCGUCGUCCAAACUGCCACCCCCGCCUGGUGUCUUUGUUUCGGACGAUCAGAGCGAAGUCACAUCGCCUCUGAGCAUUGCAGAAUGGCUGCUUUGCUUCCAUGCAGAGGCGCGGCGCACACCUGGCUGCAUUGAAGGUAUUUGUGGUGAAGGGGAAAUUCUUCAUGUGCCUUCAGGAUGGUGGCAUUUGGUCGUGAAUCUCGAACCUUCCAUUGCUAUUACGCAGAAUUUCACCCCGCGUGCGCAUCUGACUGCCACUCUUGACUUCUUGUCUAACAAAGCCAAUCAGGUUUCGGGUUUCAGGAAAGAUGUGCAUAACCCCUACGAGCGGUUUGUGGAAAACAUGCGCAAGACUCACCCGGAGUUACUCCAGCAGGCGCUGGACGAGUUGCAGAAAAAGUCAGAUGGCAGGAAACGCAAGUGGGAUGAGCUGGUUCACGGAAAGGUGGCCCAGGAGGACGCCGGAGACGCCUCUGAAGGAGGGGGAUUUAGUUUCGGCUUUGGAGAUGAUAGCGACAUAGAAGUCCCCUGA